ACACUUUUUAUUGUUUCAGAAUGGAAAUGACAUGAGUGACACGAAAAAAUUACCAAAGAUGAAAAUUUAGAAAAAUCGAAGAUGAACAAUGAAAAUUCGUAUGAAAAUAAAGACGUGACGGUGAAAAUGAAAACGUACGGAGACAUUUCAUUGAAAUGUGUUAUUGUACUGGGUUUAUAAGGUUCUAGUAAUAAUGUGUGAAGAUAAAGAGGUACUGAAAUAUACCCGUAAGGUUGUGGGUCGGAUUGUUAGUGAAAAGGAGAUAAAACGGACGAGAUAAAGGCAACUACUUAUGGAUCCCGAAAAUUUAACCCACCACGCUGUACUAAGCGCGACGGCCAACGCGACUGUCAACGGUACAGUCGCGGAGGCCGAUAGCGAUGGCUUGACACAUAGCAUCUUCUUCAAACUGAGGGUUGCUGUGUUGCUGAUCAUCAUCAUUAUGGCGGUGCUCGGCAACAUGCUCGUCAUUGUCAGUGUUAUGAGGCACAGGAAACUCCGUGUGAUCACCAACUACUUCGUGGUGUCUCUCGCAUUCGCCGACAUACUAGUGGCCAUGGUGGUGAUGCCAUUCAACUUCAGCGUCCAGUUCUACAACAGCUGGCAGUACGGGCCCACGAUAUGCGACCUGUGGAACUCCUCAGACGUUUAUUUUACUUCCACGUCGAUAUUGCAUCUGUGCUGCAUAUCAGUCGACAGAUAUUAUGCUAUCGUGAAACCGUUGAAGUAUCCUAUCAAGAUGACUAAGAAGAUGGCAUUCGUCAUGUUAGCGGCAACAUGGUUAAGUCCAAUCACAAUAUCAUACGUACCAAUAUUCAUGGGCUGGUACACGACCAGCGACCAUUUGAAAGUCCAAAGAGCUGACGAGUGCGAAUUCAAAGUCAACAAACCGUACGCAGUAAUAUCCAGUUCCAUCUCAUUCUGGAUACCAUGCACCAUAAUGUUAUUCACGUACUAUGCUAUAUUCAAAGAAGCUAAUCGUCAAGAGAAGAAUCUUCAUGCCAGAGCUGGGAAUGCGAUGCUCAUGCACAGACAUUCACGUGAAGUGGGCGACAAAAAUGGUGCUCUUCACAUUAGCGCGACAACGCCCACCAAAGACAGAAACAUCCUUAAAAUGAAGAGGGAACACAAGGCAGCGAGGACCCUCGGCAUCAUCAUGGGCGCUUUCAUCCUCUGCUGGCUCCCCUUCUUCCUCUUCUACGUGUCUACUUCUUUGUGUGACUCGUGCAAGUGCCCCGAAGUUAUAACAGCCAUCAUGUUUUGGACUGGCUACUUCAACUCGGCGUUAAACCCGAUUAUCUACGCGUAUUUCAAUAGAGACUUCCGUAAUGCGUUUAAGAACACUUUAGCGUGUGCGUUCUGUAGUUUUUGUAGGCGGAGUGCAUCAGACUUAGAUGCCAUGGAGCGGUUAGAUAGAAGAGGUUCCGCGCAACUGAGGGUACCAGUGCCCUCCAGACGAACGUCGGAUUUGGCAUCGCUUUGAAUUUCGUCAAAGUGCGAAGUGACAGCAGUUUGAGAGGCCUAGAAACGUCUCAACGAAAUAUUUAAGGACUUACGUGUACUUAUUCCCAAAGUUGAUGUGAUUUAUUUAAAAUCGUCGUGUUAUAUGUAAAUUGUAUAGUAGGUUAUACGUUUUGUAUUUAGAUGUAUCUCUUGUAAACUAAAAUGAAUAAUUUUCAUUUUUGAUAAUUGUAAUUAAUUAUUGAUUCUUAACCAAAGAAGUUUUUGUUUGUAACUUUUUAUUAUGUUUAUAUAGUCUUCUAGCACAAACGGAUAUGUUUCCUUUAUCGUUUUAAUAAAAAAUAAAUUAAAACAAAGGUUUUGUUGCCUUUUAGUGAAAUGUAAAUGGAUUUUGUAGUUAUUAAAGAGUGUAUCUUUAUGGUACAGUUUCAGUGAAUAAAGUCAAAAGGCAUUGAAAGCCUUAUUAUAAAACACCUAAAUAUUUAGAAUACAGAAUAGUUGAUAUAUAAAUGUCUGAAAUCUAACUUUAUUUGUAACUGUGUCGCAAAACGAGAUUCGUUAGAUAAAUAGUACGUAAUGCAAUAUUAAUAGUAAAAGUUGUAAAUAUUUAUAAAAGUCAUAAAAAAAUUAAU